CUCGAGAUUCCGUUGAUAGGCAUCGCCAUGAACGUCGUCAACGGAAUGGCCGCGCCGUCCGAGCGACGUCGAGAAAUGGCCAAGAAGGUGUCGCGACGGCAAUCGUCCUUGGCGAGUAUGAGCACCACCCGCCUCCUCUCGGCAAACCAGAACGACUUCAAGCAAAGCUGCACCCAUGGCGCGUUCCACAAAAACUUUGCCGGGUACAUGACGAUCCAAACAGGUUUCUUUGGGACGUGGAAAACGUGCUUCUUCACCCUCCAAGGCAUUGAGCUUUCCGUCGCAGACCACGAAGGGAUGGCCGCUAGUCGCAGUGACACGAUCGCCUUCGUUGCAGCGUCCAGAGGCAAGCCAACGUUCCUUGAGUUUCACAUGAAGUCGAAAAAGGUAUGGAAGACUCGAUGCAUCUCGCCGGACGUGGCAAACGCGUGGUUUUCCGCCGUCGAAGACUGCAUGGCCCGUCUCUCAUACGGUGUCGACCGGUACCUGAAGAGCUGCGCGAAGCGACAGACUCCAACCAUUCUGUCUGCCUGGCUUUCCCAGCUCGAUUCGAAGGGAAAGGUCAUCGGGCGGUACUUCUACGUCCUGCGCCACUUGACGUUUAGCAUGGCCCCAAACAUUGACAUCGUUCCCGAAGUGUACGACGUGGUUACGGGUGUGAGCGCCGCGGUGCACGACGGCGCGAUGGAGGUCCGAUUUGAGACGCAGCCCCCGAUGGUGCUUCGAUUCGACGCGAUCGAGUUGCUCCGCGUGUGGCACAUGGUUGUCCGCACGUGCAUGAACGAGCCGUCCCGAGCAGCAUUUGCAUGAGGCGGACGUCCCAAUCUCUCCACCUCGACGUCGUCCUCCCCACGGUCGAUGGUUAAACUUAUUCUCAUUGCAUUGAUGUCCCUUAUUCCGCUUGUCGUCGCGUCACUACUUGACUGUCUUGGACAGUGCGCGGACAGCGUCGAGGCCGAUGCGGAUCGUUUCCUUGGCCGACACGUCCUUGUCGGCCCAGAUCGCAAGCGACAGCCGGCAAAUGACUUCGAUAAACUCGACGAACACGACAAACUGCUUCUCGC